GGCCAGGCUGGCCUCGAACUCCUGACCUCAGGUGAUCCACCUGCCUAUGCCUCCCAAAGUGCUGGGAUUACAGGCGUGAGCCACCACGCCCCGCCCCAAGCUCUUAGCCUCUACAUCAGUGCUUCCCAACACUGGCUGCAGGUUAGAAUUACCUGGGAGUACUAAGCAACACCAAUGCCCAGUGCCCAUUGGAGACAGAAUUAAGUUAGAAUUUCUGGGGAAGCUCCCCAGUUAUGCCAGUCUACAGCCAGCAUUGAGAAUCUCUGCUUUAUGCUGUGCUGUUUUGGCCUUUACGUAUAUCCACCCAUUCAUACCUGGACUUUAACCUGAGCUUCCCUCUGGGGUCCCUAGUGAGCACUAUUGUUUCAAAGGAACCUACAUAUGGUCUAUUUUCUAGAUUUUGCCUGCAAGUCUUUCCUGAUCCCCUAGACUCAGACAGAUUCCCCUCAUUCACAUUCCCAGAGUUUUUGUGUUUUCCCUUCAUAGCAUUUAUCUGAAAUGUGAUCAGAUAACUGUGUCCCAGCUCUAAUAUCUCCUGCCCACCUGCUAGAAUGUAAGCGCCCUGAAAUCAGGAACUGUGUUUCUCUUAUCCCCCAACAACGUUCCCAGAGCCAAGCACGGUGCCUGACAUUUCUCCACUGGACAAGUGAUACUUCUUUCUUCCAUUUAAAUAAUUACUGAUCCAGUAGCUAUUCGGUGUCUCACACUUUCUCAUGUAUGCUAUAUAAGCAAGCUAGGAAAAGCCCCAUUUUCCAGUGGCGGAAACUGAAGUUCAGGAAUGGGAGGCAGCCACCCAGUCAGAAGCUGGCAGCGCUGGGCAUGGUGUCUCAUGUCUGUAAUCCCAGCCCUUCGGGAGGCCAAGGCAGGUGGAUCACCUGAGGUCAGGAGUUCAAGAGUAGCCUGUUCAACGUGGUGAAACCCCAUCUCUACUAAAAAUACAAAAAUUAGCCAGGCAUGAAGGUGUGCGUCUGUAAUCCCAGCUACUCGGGAGGCUGAGCCAGGAGAAUCGCUUCAACCCAGGAGGCAGAGGUUGCAGUGAGCUGAGAUUGCGGCACUGCACUCCAGCCUGGGCAACAGAGCAAGACACUGUCUAAAAAAAAAAAAAAAAGAAGCUGGAAGAGCUAGACUCAACCCCAGACCUCCCCGUCCUUCCCAUUCACUGGAGUCCACUGACACCUGCCUGGGCCUGCUUCCUUCAUGCUGUUUCCAGGAGAUACGCAUCAUCACCCUCUUUUCUGUUCUUUAGUCAUCAAUACCCGCCCCCCAGGCUCCUCCUCCUCCAUCUCCCCCUCCAGAGGUUUGGCCCAAACAAGGCUGCUGAGUAACUCCCCUGAUUAAAGCAUUGCGUGGUUGUCAGCAGCAGCACCGGGGAGGUCAAGGAGUUAUCCAGGGACCUCCUUCCCAGCUCCCUAGGAGUGAGCACCCUCUGGGCAGCGCCCCCACCCAUCUUCCUAACAGGAGUUCUGAGCAGCCACCCCACACGGGAGAAAAGUUCCUGGGAAAGGAGGCUCUCCGGGCUGAAAACUGAGCUAGCGUGCAAGAAUCAGCUUCGGAGGAGUUCUGCUUCCAGUCUAUCUCUGGUGCCCCCUGCUGGAAAAAGCUGGGUGCAGGAAACAGGGACACUUGCACGCGGGGAAUCUGGCUGGGGCUGUAGGUCUCAAACCGGACAUCUGAGGCGUGAGAUGAAUUCAUAUCAAAGCCGACCCUGGAGGGACGAGGAAGAGUCAGUCAUCUACAAAGCUCCAGCUGUGGGACCUCGAAGAGCGCUUCGUAAAGGGCUUCUUCUCUGCCCGGCAACCCAAGGAAGCUGGGGAGAGGUCUUUGCUGUGGAUGAGGCAGGGGGCGAGGAGGAGGAGGUUCAGAGACCUUUUGCUCAUGCCCUCUCUGCCUGCGCUGCCUCCCUCAUGCUCCCCUCGGGGCCAUCUCCUGGUUUCCUUUGGAUCAGAGAAAUUGCACACAGAGCAGAAGGAUCUGAUCUGACUGUUGGCUCAUCUGCACUGCCGGCCCCCGAGCCUCGUCCCAUUUCAGUGACAAGGCAAGUGUGAAAAAUGGAGCAUGAUGGAGGCGUCACCAGACCUCCCAGGCUCUCGACUGGAGCCGCAGCUCUCAACGCAGCUGGAAUUGCCAGGGGCAGUGAGUGCUUGUCCAGCUCACUGCUCUUUGGAAGGGGCAUUCAUCUCCCUGAGCGCUUGUGUGUGCAUGCAUGUGUGUGUGUGUUUGUGCGCGUGUGUGUGCAUGCACGUUUGUGUGUGUGUGUGUGCGCGCGCACACACACAAGGCUGGGAGCUGUGCGGCAGGCACCCUGGCUUCGGGAACCCAAACUAGCCAGCUUCCCUUUCUGGGCCUGCUGGCCUAAUUCCCAGCCGCAGCUGCCAUUCUGGGCCCCCCUCCCUGAGGCCAUCUCCCUGCAGAUUUGGCAGCGGGGAAAGGAGGGGCCGAGAGAAGGGGAGAGAACCAGAGACAGGACUGAGCGCUAAUCUGAUGUAGAUGAUCCGGCAGCCUUCUCCAGCUUGGUUCCCCUCUGCCAUCAGCUCUCCAGGUGAUUUUCCCUGUGCCCUGCACUCUCCCCUUCUGCUUUCAUCUCCUUAAGAAAGUGCCCAGAAAGUUAAACCCACACACAAACACACACACAAUCCACCCAAAAAAAAAAAAAAAAAAUCGGAGAGCAGGAGCAGGCAGACGAGUAAGAGAGCACGCGCGCAAGAGAGGGCUCACAUCCGUCCUGGAGGAAGAACGGCACAGACGGAGGGAGGCUGGGGUUGGCAGAGACUGGGACGGAAGUCCCUCAGUCCCCCAGGAGCCUCCUUCAUGGACCCGGGGAUCCCAAGAGGGGCUGCCUCAACUUAGGAUGGGCAACUGUGUCAAGUCUCCACUGAGAAAUCUCUCAAGGAAGAUGUGCCAGGAGGAACAGACCAGCUACAUGGUGGUGCAGACGAGCGAGGAGGGGCUGGCGGCGGAUGCCGAGCUCCCGGGACCGCUCCUGAUGCUGGCCCAGAACUGCGCAGUCAUGCACAACCUGCUGGGCCCUGCCUGCAUUUUCCUGCGCAAGGGCUUCGCUGAGAACAGGCAGCCUGAUAGAUCACUGCGACCAGAGGAAAUUGAAGAGCUUCGAGAGGCCUUCAGAGAAUUCGACAAGGACAAGGAUGGCUACAUCAACUGCCGGGACCUGGGCAACUGCAUGCGCACCAUGGGCUACAUGCCCACCGAGAUGGAGCUCAUCGAACUGUCCCAGCAGAUCAACAUGAACCUGGGUGGCCAUGUAGAUUUUGAUGACUUCGUGGAGCUAAUGGGGCCUAAACUCCUGGCAGAGACAGCAGAUAUGAUUGGUGUAAAGGAACUGCGAGAUGCUUUCCGAGAGUUUGACACCAAUGGUGAUGGGGAAAUAAGCACCAGUGAGCUGCGAGAGGCUAUGAGGAAGCUCCUGGGUCAUCAGGUGGGACACCGAGACAUAGAGGAAAUUAUCCGAGAUGUGGACCUCAAUGGGGAUGGACGAGUGGACUUUGAAGAAUUUGUCCGGAUGAUGUCCCGCUGAGGCCGCGAGGGCCCCUCCAGGACUGCCAAGCUCCCAAAGGCGGGGCUAAGAGGAGCUAGAGCUUGCCUCACCCGCUGUAGCCGCCGAGAGCCCAGGAUGUACUGGCGGAUGGGGCCUGCCUGCACCCCGGGGAGGCGCCCACCCCGGACCCCCACCCCUCCGCACUGUGAAAGACUAACUCCUGCAACUGGAAAGCGGGGGCGCCCGCCGACGAGGAGGCCACCGUGCCAAGCCGGCAGAGGUCAUGCCAGGCGCCAAGGGCCAUGUGCCCAGCUGCUGCUGGCUGGGUGGGCCAGGGAGCCCGCCAGCAGACCCCACACAGCAUGUCCGCCCCAGGGCAAAGCCUCCCACCUUCACUCUGCGCCCGUCCCAGCUCGCCUCAGCCCUGUUAUCUCAGAACCAAUAAAAAUAUUUCCAAGAGCAA